AUGUCUGAUUUGCCAGAACCAGCAGUCUCUGCUGAACUUAAGGCUUGGCUAUACAAUGCCAUUACCGAAUCCAUACCCAAAGCUCUAGCGGCUUUCCGUGAGCAGACAGUCCCAGCCCCUACGGCGACCAUUACUCAGCUGUCAGACUCCGAGGAUUCUCACGGUUCAGAACGUGACGAAGCUCCUCGCAAACGCCCUUGGAAGGGCGAUAGCGCUACUGCCAGUAAAGGCAAAGCGCCUGCCAAACACCCUAGAGUUUCCUAUUCUAAACCCAGGGAGGUUGUCUCCCAACAUGAUUUUGACCCACUUGAGGGUUCAACCUCUAAUUAUAAUCUUCAGGUGGUAGAUGAAUACUACGCAGAACAUUUGGAUAAUGAUGCUCCACCUCAUAAGACAUCCCGAGACCUUUACCCCGCUGAUUUUGCAAAUAAUGAGCCCUCCCUCAUACCUUUAAGAGGAAUUCCAUUUGGAAUCUGA